CGCGAUAUUGAAUGUUUCGUACGGCGCGGCGCAUUGAUCAAUUCCGAUGAUGAUGGCUUGACAUCGAGUUACGUUGCGGCUGUCCGUACGAUGACGUCCUGAGAAGGCUAAUCAUUCGCACAGAGAAUAAUAAAUUGAAGGAGGACACGCCACUCGUUCUUAGAACCACAGAAACCCGAAUCACAUCGCCAUCAAUUAAGAAUAUGUUUCGACAAUGACCUGUUGAGCGUAAUUUCCAGUGACGUGUCACCUAAACUGGAACUGUUCAUUUCUAUCAACUUUGGACCCUACCAGAGAUGAUAAAAUUGAUACCUUCACUGAAUUAAUUAAAGAAGUAAAUACUGCUUUAUUUGAAUAAAUCCAUCCCCAAACCUCAUCUCUUCCUUAACGAACUCCAUUUCUAUCCAUUUCUCCUCGCACCCACCGUCGCACAAUGAUCACCGCCGCCUUGAUAUCGAAGCGAAACCCGCAAGGCUCGACAUCGGAGAACAAGUGGCGGACCGGCGCUCGAGAGCGAGCCUACCGCCGCCGGCUCCUCGAGGCCCUCUGCCGCGCCCGCGGAGGGAGCGCAUCCGGCGCCCGCGCAGUAAAGGAGGCAGCGGACUCCGCCCUCGCCAUCACCGCCCGCGGCCGGUCCCGCUGGAGCCGCGCCAUUCUGUUCGGCCGCCGCGGCGGCAAUCUCCUCCUCAAGGCCCGCGGCAGAGUUUUGGUCCGCCGAGGGAGACCACGGAUGGUAGCGGCGCCUCGGCCGGAGGGGAAGAGAGUGAGGGACAGCCUGCGUACGCUCCGCUGGCUGGUGCCUGGGUGCCGGAAGGUGUCGACGUCAAGCCUCCUGAAGGAGUCGGCGGACUACGUGGCGGCGCUGGAGAUGCAGGUGAAGGCUAUGCGCGGGCUCUUCGGCGUCUAGCCUCCUGAAGGAGGCCGCGGACUACGUGGCGGCGCUGGAGAUGCAGGUGAAAGCUAAUCGCGCGAUCGUUGACGCCCGGGGCUGCGGUCGAGGGCGGCUACCCGGAGACCUAUAUAUAUAUAUAUAUAUAUAUAGAUAUGUCUCUACAAAUUAGCCCAGUAAAAGAAGUAUAUAAAUUUGUAGAGUGCGUGGAUUAACAGUAAUGUCUUGAGAAGUGAUAAUGUCAAAUAAUAUAAAAUAUGGCAUACUGGUAUUUUGUGUUA